AUGAUACAGUUGUACCAAGCCCCUGCGAAGCCGACCACAAGAAGUCCAAGUACACCGGAAAGUGCUAGCACAUCGUCUUCCGCAACGUCUACAUCACAUGGUGCCACAAGCACAACCUAUGCCACAACGGAAGAGCUAGGUACAACUGCGCAAAGAAGCAGAGUUCCCACUUUGCCUGUAAAAACAGAGCAAAGCACUUUGAUGUCAACGCUGGCAGAGACCACCACCACAGUGGCAAGUACAACAACAGAAAGUGCUAGCACAUCGUCUUCCGCAACGUCUACAUCACAAGGUGCCACAAGCACAACCUAUGCCACGACGGAAGGUCAUUCCACUAUAGUUGAAACUACAGGGCAAUCUUCGACUGGCAGUACGUAUGGAGCCGAGUCGACUACAAGCAGUCCAAGUACACCAGUAAUAUCGAGUACAGCUUCAGAGUCUACAACAACAGAUCAAGGUAGCACCUUGCAAAGAACCACAUUUCGUACAGUGCCGGCAACAACAGAUCGAAGCACUGUAACAUCAACUCUUCGAGAGACCACAGCAGUUAGUACAACUUCAAAGCAGACAAGUACUCCUGAUUUUUCUUCCACAAUGCCUUUGACACUAAGUGCUACAAGCCCUAUUGUCAGUACAUCGGAAGGGCAUUUAACGAGUGGACUGUAUACAGUUCAUUCUACAGCCCGAUCGACAACAAAAUUUACACCGAUAGAGGAAAGUUCGACUGCGCACAGAACCACAGGUACUACUUUACCAGUAACAACAGAUCAAAGCACGUUGACGCCUUCCUUGACAGAGGCCACAAUGGCUACUACGACUUUGGAGAUGGAAGUCCCAGCGAGAAUUGGAUUGGAAGUCACCCUUGGGGCCCUGGAAUGGGAUGCGGAAUUGUUAGUCGUCACUAGCAACCAGUUUAGAGGCCUUUCCAGUAUUUUGAUAGACAAGAUAUCCGAGUACUUAAAUCCCAGUGGGUGGAGCACGACUUUCCACGGCGCUACAGUGAUACAAUUUUACGAAGGCAGUGUGGUAUCUACGGUUCUUCUGAACUUUAGUACUCCCUGCGUAGAAAUGGAAGAGGUAGAAGGAUUUUUAACUGAGUCAAUUGCUACCGACGGCAACAACACACUGGGAAUCGUUCUACGGACUACCUACGAGAUUUGCUCCAAUGAUUACUGUUCCAACGGGUCAUCUUGCGUCUUGGUCGGCUCUGAUAGGAAAUGCAGGUAA